AGUGGUAGAGACGGUAAUUCGUUCAAGAUUUUUCAUUAAGUUUCUUCUUUGAAACCAACAUCUUCCGGCUGACAACAUCAGAUUCCUCGUUAAUUAGUUUUGCACUCCCUAAUUAGGGAUACAAUGAUAUCGGUACUCCCAUUCGGGAAUGUCAGAAACAAGAAUCGUUGAGGAAAAGAAAGACGUAAAGUUAUUCAACCAUAAAUUGGUAGGUAUAUAUAAGAGAUGAAAACUUGUCGAACUUCAUCAAAAAGUCAAACAAAGCCGUUGAGUUUAUCAACGUGUCAACGAUCAGUAGUCACCAGACGUUCGCGCAAUUCGUUUCGUUGUAGCAGUACGUUCGUCGUUCGUAAACACUUAACAGGUUUCCAGAACACCAAAAUGGCAUCGUUAAGUUCAUCAAUGUUAUUGUUGAUAAUAUUAUCAACAAUAGCUUUUGGACAACAAUUGAAACCUGGUGCAUGUCCACCACCAAUAUCAUUUAACAUCCGCACAAAUCUUUGUAAUAAUGAUAUGGACUGCAUUGGAUCUGAGAAAUGUUGUCUUACGAAUUAUGAAGGUACAAUUUGUGUGAAGCCCAUCACAGAAACCGUUAAUGUUGUAAAACAAGGUUCUUGUCCGAUUAUACCAACUGGACGAUGGAUAUGUACAUCAACUUGUCGAUCGGAUGGCGAUUGCAGAGGCAUCAAAAAAUGUUGCCAAAAUCGAUGUGGCGCUUUGGCUUGUCAAAAUCCUGAACCUGAUUAUGACCCAAUUGAAUACGAUUAUUCGCAACCAUCUGUUAUAUUUCGCAGGAAUAGAUGGUAACAAUUAAAUAUUGAAUGACCGUGUAAAAUUUCGAUGAACUUACUUUAAUGUUAUAUGUUCUAUCGUACGUGCCAUAAGCGACUUUAGUAUAUUCGUAAUAUGCGAUAACACGAUUUACUUAUCAAGACAUUAAAUUUUGCAACGUAUUAAAUGAAACGCUUGAAAUAUAACUCAUCAAAUGUUUGAUAUAUUUCUUUAAUGACGCUUAAUUCGUUAUAUUUCGCAUUUCUUUCUAAUAGU